UGCCCUGCCCCCCGCCCGCUCCCGGCUCAGAGCUGGGCUGGCCCCGGCGGAGAACCCCAGGAACCCCGCGGCAAGAGCAGCGAGGACCUCGGGAGCUGCAGUCGGGGGCCCGCAGCAGAGAGUAAAUAUGGCAGAGCUUUCUGAGACAGAUGGACCAGUAGAUUGGAAAGAACGAUGUGUAGCUCUGGAGUCCCAGCUCAUGAAAUUUAGAGUUCAAGCAAGCAAGAUAAGAGAGCUCUUAGCAGAGAAGAUGCAGCAGCUUGAGAGACAAGUUAUUGAUGCUGAACGUCAAGCAGAAAAAGCUUUUCAACAGGUACAAGUUAUGGAAGAGAAAUUAAAAGCAGCUAAUAUUCAAACCAGUGAAUCAGAGACAAGGCUGUAUAAAAAGUGUCAAGAUCUAGAGACCCUAAUACAAGAAAAAGAUGACAUCAUUCAAAACUUGGAACUGCAGCUUGAAGAACAGAAACAAAUCAGGAUACAAGAAGCUAAAAUAAUAGAAGAGAAAGCAGCUAAGAUCAAAGAAUGGGUAACACUUAAAUUAAAUGAGCUGGAAUUAGAAAAUCAGAAUCUUCGUUUGAUCAACCAAAACCAAACAGAAGAGAUAAGAACAAUACAGUCAAAACUACAAGAGGUUCAGGGGAAGAAGUCAUCCACUGUUUCCACACCAAAGCUUUUGGAAGGCCAGCGCCUAAGUAGUUUGACCUUUGGGUGCUUUUUAUCCCGAGCAAGGAGUCCUCCUCAAGUAGUAAAAUCUGAGGAAAUGAGCAAGAUAUCAUCUAAAGAACCCGAGUUCAUUGAGGAAAAAGACAUAGAAGAAAUGGAAAUUCCAGAAAAGUCGGGCGAGAACCAAAUUCAAGAAAACAACCUGGGUCAGAGAACGUUGCAUCAAACCCCUUGUGUCCUGGAACAGAAUCGGAAAACAAGAACGAGCUUUGCAACAGAUGGUGGUACAUCCCAGAAUUCUGGGGCUCCAGGGAGUGACUGGAGCUCUGAUGAGGAGGACGGGAGCAAAGGAAGAUCCAAUUGCAGGUACACGUCCACUCUUUCCAGUCACACGUCAGAGGAAGGGGUCCAGUGUAGCAGAAUGGGCAGCGAGGCGUACCUGACAGCAUCUGAUGACAGCAGUUCUAUAUUCGAAGAAGAGACUUUUGGCAGAAAGAGACCAGAACACAAGAAGCUGUAUUCUUGGCAACAGGAGGCACAGUGGAAAGCUCAGAAUUGUCCUCUCAUAAAGGGAAAUUCGGAAUCAAGUAAAAACGAGCACGAUAGUUCGUCAGAUGAACUGAAUAAAAAAUUUCAGUCUCAGAGACUGGAUUAUUCAUCGUCGUCGAGUGAGGCCAACACCCCCAGCCCUAUUUUGACUCCAGCUUUGACUCCCAAGCAUCCUAAUUUGCUCCCUGGAAAAGGUACACAAUUAGUGCCUUCAUCAAACCUCCCGCCCCCAAAGUUAAGGAUUCCUAAUGUGUUCAGCAUAAGUGUGGCACUAGCCAAAAGGCACUUAAGCCAGCCACAGUUAAGUUCCGAUAGGAUGUUUGGUACAAACAGAAAUGCCAUAAGCAUGAUACGCCCACUCAGACCUCAGGAAACGGACCUUGAUCUAGUUGAUGACAACAGUACAGAAAUUUUAGAGAAUAUGGACACCAGUUGUGAUGACGGAUUGUUUUCCUAUGACUCCCUGGAAUCCCCAUGCUCCGAAGACCAGGAACCCUGUGACUCGGCCAAGAAGCCGGCAUGUGGCAAACCGCCCACCCCGCCCCUGCACCGCUUUCCCUCUUGGGAGAGCAGAAUUUAUGCUGUAGCCAAAUCAGGCAUGCGAAUGUCUGAGGCCUUCAAUAUGGAGAAUGUUAAUAAAAAUUCCGUUGCUCUGUUGUCCUAUACCACAUCAGGACUCUAUACCUCUCUGAUAUACAAGAAUAUGACAACCCCUGUGUAUACAACUUUGAAGGGGAAGGCAACACAAAUAAGCAGCAGCCCAUUCCUGGAUGACUCCUCUGGGUCAGAGGAAGAAGAUGGUUCCAGAUCCAGCUCACGGACGUCGGAGUCAGACAUGCGCAGUCGGAGUGGCCCAGGCAGCCCUAGAGCCAUGAAACGAGGUGUGUCUCUCUCUUCAGUGGCAUCUGAAAGUGAUUAUGCCAUCCCCCCAGAUGCUUACUCCACAGACACAGAGUACUCACAGCCAGAACAGAAGCUCCCUAAAACUUGCUCAUCAUCCAGUGAUAACGGGAAAAAUGAACCACUGGAAAAAUCUGGCUAUUUAUUAAAAAUGAGUGGUAAAGUCAAGACUUGGAAGAGGAGGUGGUUUGUUCUUAAAGGUGGUGAAUUACUUUACUAUAAAUCUCCGAGUGAUGUAAUUAGAAAACCCCAGGGCCAUAUUGAACUUAGUGCAUCCUGUGGUAUUUUAAGAGGAGAUAACAAACAAACAGUUCAGUUGACCACUGAAAAACACACAUACUAUCUGACUGCAGAUUCUCCCAAUAUAUUGGAAGAAUGGAUUAAAGUGUUACAGAAUGUUCUCCGAGUACAAGCUGCCAACCCGCUUUUCCUGCAGCCUGAGGGCAAACCAACAGUGAAGGGAUUGCUCACCAAGGUAAAGCAUGGCUACUCCAAAAGAGUCUGGUGUACUCUUAUAGGAAAAACAUUAUAUUAUUUUCGUAGUCAAGAAGAUAAGUUUCCUUUAGGUCAGAUCAAACUCUGGGAGGCUAAAGUUGAAGAAGUUGAUAGAUCCUGUGAUUCAGAUGAAGAUUAUGAAGCCAGUGGGAGAAGUCUGUUAUCCACACAUUACACCAUCGUGAUCCACCCGAAAGACCAAGGUCCAACUUACCUCCUGAUUGGAUCCAAGCAUGAAAAGGACACUUGGCUUUAUCAUCUGACUGUUGCAGCAGGAAGUAACAAUGUAAAUGUUGGAUCAGAAUUUGAACAACUCGUUUGCAAACUGCUAAAUAUUGAAGGAGAACCUUCUUCUCAGAUAUGGAGACACCCUACUUUGUGUCACAGCAAAGAAGGAAUCAUUUCCCCAUUGACAACACUACCUUCUGAAGCUCUACAGACAGAAGCUAUUAAAUUAUUUAAGACAUGCCAGCUUUUUAUAAAUGCAGCAGUUGACUCCCCUGCGAUUGAUUAUCAUAUAUCUCUAGCCCAGAGUGCUUUGCAAAUCUGUCUGACACAUCCUGAGCUCCAGAAUGAAAUUUGCUGUCAGCUCAUUAAACAGACAAGACGGAGACAGCCACAGAAUCAACCAGGACCGCUGCAGGGCUGGCAGCUCUUGGCUCUCUGUGUUGGGCUCUUCCUUCCCCACCAUCCUUUCCUGUGGCUCCUCAGGCUCCACCUAAAGAGGAAUGCAGAUUCCAGGACAGAAUUUGGAAAAUAUGCCAUUUACUGUCAGCGAUGUGUGGAAAGAACACAACAAAAUGGAGAUCGAGAAGCAAGACCCUCAAGAAUGGAAAUUCUUUCAACCCUUCUUCGAAACCCUUACCAUCAUUCUUUGCCCUUCAGUAUCCCCGUGCACUUCAUGAAUGGGAUAUAUCAGGUAGUUGGAUUUGAUGCAUCUACCACAGUGGAAGAAUUUUUGAAUACUUUGAACCAAGAUACAGGAAUGAGGAAGCCAACACAGUCUGGCUUUGCAUUAUUCACGGACGAUCCUUCUGGCAGGGAUUUAGAGCAUUGUCUUCAAGGAAACAUAAAGAUAUGUGACAUUAUUUCUAAGUGGGAGCAGGCCUCCAAAGAACAGCAGCCUGGGAAAUGGGAAGGUACGAGAACUGUUCGUCUAACUUAUAAAAACAGACUAUAUUUCUCAAUGCAAGCUCGUGGAGAGACUGAUAGAGAAAAGUUGCUGUUAAUGUAUCAGACAAAUGAUCAAAUAAUAAAUGGACUUUUUCCUCUGAACAAGGACCUGGCAUUAGAAAUGGCAGCUCUUUUAGCUCAGGUGGAGAUUGGAGAUUUUGAAAGACCCUUUUCAACUCCAGCAGGGCAUGUUACUAAUCAGUGCAAAACAAAUCAAACUCUAAAACAAGUCAUAGAAAAAUUUUAUCCUAAAAGGUAUAGAGAUGACUCUUCUGAAGAGCAGUUAAGGCAGCUCUGUCAGCGACUGUCGACCAGAUGGAUGGCCCUCCGGGGACACAGCGCUGCUGACUGUGUGCGCAUUUAUUUGACAGUAGCCAGGAAGUGGCCAUUCUUUGGUGCCAAGUUGUUUCUUGCGAAACCCGUAACUCCAUCAGCACUCGGAAGUACUUUCAUGUGGCUGGCUAUCCAUGAGGAUGGUUUAAGCAUCUUAGAAUACAACUCCAUGAGGUUAAUAGUCAGCUAUGUGUACAAGAGUCUAAUGACCUUUGGAGGUCAUCAAGAUGAUUUUAUGAUAGUCAUUAACAAUACACAUUCAAAGGACAAACCAACAGAGAAAUUACUUUUUGCCAUGGCAAAACCCAAGAUUCUUGAAAUCACUCUUUUGAUCGCCAGUUACAUAAACAACUUCCAUCAGCAAAAGGCAACCUUUCACCACCUCUCUGCUCCAGCGCUGCUCUCAGCCCAGACGCGGGGACCGGAAGCCAGGGCAGUGGGAAGCCAGCCCCUUCUGUCAAGUAGCCGACCGACUAAAGGACCCACCUUACUCUGAAAGCUCUGGAGCCUGAACAUUCACUCCCAUCCUCCGGGCGAUGGCUGCAUCAGCUACAAAUAAGUUCAUUUACACCCAGGCAGCAUGGCACCCACACACUGGGAUUCCAAACUUGAAAAAUGCGGGGUGUCUUUCUUUUAUUUGAUUCUUAAAUAUUCAAAUGAGUACGACUAAUAAAACAUAAACACAAGAUGUGCCCACAUGCUGACUUUCUCUUAGACUAACUGGGUUCGAAUUCAUCGUUUUCCCCCACCUCCUUUGUCCCUUGCCAGCAGACACAUCAUGCAAUAUGGCAUUUUUCUUUUUUUUUUUGUCUUUUUAAAAAACAUAUUCUGGCAAAGGGAGAUUCCAAACUCUCAUUUGGCAAACCAGUUGAUUAUUUGGAAAGGCUCACUGCCAAAAAAUCGAGUACUGUAAUUAAAUGUGCUUUUAAUUAAUGAUACGAUGUUGGAGAGAAGUAGAGAAUACAGUGUCAGAAACAGCCACAAGGGGGCGCCUGGGUGGCUCAGUCGUUGGGCGUCUGCCUUCGGCUCAGGUCAUGGUCCCAGGGUCCUGGGAUCGAGCCCCGCAUCGGGCUCCCUGCUGCGUGGGAAGCCUGUUCUCCCUCUCCCUCUGCCCCUUUGCUCCCUCCCUCGCUGUGUCUCUCUCUGUCAAAUAAAUAAAAUCUUUAAAAAGAAAGAAAGAAAGAAAGAAACAGCCACAGGAUGCUGUUGAGGGGUAAAUUUUUAGAGCAAGUGCAGUAAAUCUGGCACUAUGAAUCAUGGUGAGAAAAUGGGCGUUAGGUAACCAGAACCUCCUGUGUGGUAUUAGAAAGUAUACUCCAUCACCUUUUCAGAUCACUGGAGUGUAAAGUUUAAAACAAGACAGUGGGGGCACCUGGGUGGCUCAGUCGGUUAAGCGACUGCCUUCGGCUCAGGUCAUGAUCCCGGAGUCCAGGGAUCGAGCCCCGCAUCGAGCCCCGCAUCAGGCUCCCUUCUGGGCGGGGAGUCUGCUUUUCCCUCUGACCCUACUCCCUCUUGUGCUCUCUCUCUCACUGUCUCUCUCAAAUAAAUAAAUAGAAUAAAA